UCUUCCUCCACCUCCUCCUCUUCGCCUCUUCCCCCUUCUCUUCGCCUCUUCCCCUUUAUCUCCGACAUCUCCUUUCCCCCCCUUGCGAAGGCACUGCUCAUGGAGGUCCAGACGAUACGUGACGCCAUAGCAGACCUCCGGCUCGCUCUGUUCCGGGCGCAGAGCGAGCCCGCGACUCCGGAGUCGAAAGCUCGGGAGCCUCUGGAGCUGGAUCCGGUCUGAUCACUUCCUUUUGGACCUCGCCCCUCCUAGGGCUGCGGCGCGGACUCGGGUCACAGUAAGACGGGCGGUGCGGUUUGGGCGGCCACACCUCUGGGCCGCAGCAUGCCGACUAGUUGAUGUGGGCCACAUGUUGUGGCCUGCUCUUUCAAUUUCAUUUGGAACCCUGGAGAGGGCGGCACAUGGCGGCGUAGAUGGCGGAGUAUGAUUGUGGGGGGGUGGAGGGCGAUCGUAAUAUUACGAAGGCUUGAAGAUUGGUAGUCAGAUGCCACGGCUUGCAAGUGCAUGUAUCGUCGGAAGCUCGAAAGGGCGAGAAUGUUAAAAAAUGCUUCAUGCGCGUAAGGACAAACAAUGGUUUUGUCCUCUCCGGGUUCUUGCAAAUUGUGCCAAAGACUGCGCCACACACUCUGACAGAGAGGUCUCGCACGGCCCAACCCGCAGGCUGCAUUGCUGUAAAUCAGGCACAAGAGUUCCGAGUGGUAAGGGAAGAGGGGCGAUCCUGUGGGAGAGUGCUUACAUAGGGUCCACGGGCUACAGAUGUUUACGCGAUCUGCAGAGGCAGCAGCAAUUGCUUGCAGUUGUCGCUCGCGUCUCACGAGCGGGCCAGCGCUUGGGAAUCGUCAAUAUGAAAGGCCAUGAGCUUCUCCGGCGCCAAUAUUCCACCACUCCGGCACCAAUACUCCCCACCACUCCGGCGCCAAUACUCCACCCUCCGGCGCCAAUACUCCACCAGCAGUCGAGCAUGCCGGAGGUAAUGUUGGGCGGAGUGGCGAGAUGGUGCUCGACCAGCUGCAGUCAGGCAGCUAUGUAUGGAUAUUCCCGUGAGGCACAGGACAGCACGUUUUCUUUCUCAUAUUUGUUAUCGCAUCUCCCCUUGCAUCAUCCUGGUCGUGUAUGCCGUGUACUUCUCAUUACUUGUGCAGUGUACCUUGCCACGGUCGGGUCCUCUAUGGGAUACGGAUGGGGGGUCAAGCAUUCGGAUUGGAAUUCUCUCCAGCACCAUCUGCACGGGAAUGGGCCGCAGGGGAAGGGGAAGGGCAAGGGCAAGGCAGGAAAGGGGUACGACGACACCACACGGAAACUCACCUUCGAGGAACAGAUCGCACAGGCAUUACCACAGGCUGCCAAAUUGCACAUGCAGCCAAUACUAGUACAGGAGGACUGGGAGACUCAGGUAGUGGCGUGGCAGACGUUGGGGCCGAAGGAUGGCGUGGCCAUUGUACCCAAAGACGCUCUGCCCGAAGUGCUUCGCAACGUAGGCUACUCAGCUAAUAAGCCCACAGUGGCGGUACUUAUACAAGACCCAGAUGAACUGGGAAUACGGGGGUAUCCACGAACAUACAUUUCUUGCAGGGUACGGGUUACUACAGAGGGUGGGGAAACUGCGGACACAACGGUGCAGCGCUAUCUAGUGCAGUUGGGGUUUGGCGAGCAGGCCUCGAUGAAAGGAAUUGGGAUGGAGAUCGCGGUGACGAAGCAGAUGGUGCCGAUGACAGCCAAAUUCUUCCUACGGUUGGGCUGGCAGGAGGGUCAGAUACUUGCGGCAUUCCUCAUCGAGCACGUCGGGACGUACGUUGAGCGUGAAUCCGUGGAGGAUGUACAGUCACGAUGCAACGGCACUGUUACGUUCCAGUGCCAUGCGAUGUGCGUGGACGCUCUGCUCCGCGCCAGCGGCAAGGAUGGAGCAUUCUUCAAGAAGCGGGAUUGUGAACCCCUGGAACCCCUGUGGCUCUCCGACCAGACGCCUCUGAGGGAGGCAUUGCGUCUGUAUGGUCUACCCGCGGCGCUUGGCCUGGCUGAGAAGGGGAAAAUGGACGGCUAGCUCUGCGUUUUGCCGACGAGGACACUUUGGCCAAGUUUGCAAAUGCGAACAAGCUCCCCUUCACGGCAGGCCUGGGGCGAUGAAAGGUCACGGGCGUGCCCGUUUCAGCUGGCAGCGCCAGAUUGUUUGAAUUGUUGACCACGUUGCAAUGGCACGUAACCCAGAUUGCAUAUUUCUAUGAGAAACGGGCGUUGCUCCUAGCCAAGAAGGUGGGCAAGCAGGUCCCAGCCCAUUUUGUGGACGACGGGCAGCCCAUGGUGGCUCGCUUCAAGGCGCUCAAUGCGUUGGCGCGUGAAACUGCGAAGGCAUCGUCCCAGGCAGCGGCUUCCUCAAGCGCGGCGGAGCCGUCCACUCCACCGACAAGCGCGCAGAAACAGCUGGCCCUCUUCGCAGCGGCCAAGGGCAAAGCCCAGGCCAAGGCUGAUUCAGGGGGGGAGCUGCCAAGCGUCCAGAGGUCUCCCGCACGGGACAGACGCUCGACAGGAAGCAGCAGAAGGUGGUAGAAGCGGCGUUGCUGGAUGAUGAAACGUGACUAUCCGACAGCCGACGGGGAACAUGCACGACCACGGCUGUGCCGCUGGUUGCGGCUUCCUGUGGUGGGGUCAGCAUUUUGACGAUCCUACCAGGACACAUGCAUUCAACAUGUCUUCAAGCCUUCCGAUGGGCGGCCAAAUUGGGGCAUGCUGGCCUUUCUCUACUUUGAAAUUUCUCCACCGCGUGUGUCGGACCUGUGCGUCCAUUCUGGCCCACUGUUAGUUACUGGAAACGUGAUGUGAUGAUGUGCUCUUUCGUCCGGCACUGCUGCCGACCACCGAACUCACCGAAAUUCUUUACGCUUCGCGUAUCCCCACCAGCCCAUCUCACAACAACAACUCUUGCGAAGCAUGCCGGCAGUCGUGUUUUUCAGGCGUGUGUCCGCUUGGCCCCGCAUAUCUCCCCUGUUCUUCCUUCCUCCCGCCUCUUUGUACAUCCUCC